GAGAAUAAUAAUAUGAAUGUAACGGAUGAAGCUCCAAAUAAAUGUGAAAAUGAAGGUACUUUCCUAUGGAUAUCAGUUUGCGGUAUGUUUUAACUAAUUAAUAUAUAUUACAAUAUGAACCUUCUCAUAAAUAACGAACAACCAAAUUAAAUUAGCCAUACUCAUACUAAUUAAACUAGCUAAUUUUACAUUUUGAUUGUUGACGUCAAUCUUCUUGACUUUGUGGUUUUACUGAGAUUUAUUAGCACUUUCUAGCGACUACUACUAAUAAUAAUGCAUACUUAGUUUACCAAUGAGUUAACGUCUCUUAGCCUUAUUGAUGUGUUAUGCUAUAAAUAGUAUCCAAUACUAAUUAUUGACAUGUUCAUAGUCAUAGUCAUAGUUAAGGUAUUAACUCACAAGUGGCAAAUGCUGGCAAAGUAAGCAUCAUAUUUUUUUCAUAUUCAUAUAUAUAAAUAUUUAAUUUGGUAGUUUAAUUUAAAUCUGAACUUCUGAAACUGAAGCAUUCAAAUAGAGAUUUUGCCAAAGUUUAAGUGUAGUUUGCACAUUCAAUGUUAAUUAUUGCUGUUGACUGUUGUCAUUUGUAUUUGUUUCAAUCAUGUAUUUUAGCUUUAACAUAGGGCCUAUAUCUAUAUUUUUAUUAGAGCUGUUAACUGUUUGCAAGAUCGAGGCACCUCAUAAAUUCAUCAUAACACUGAAUUAUUAGGCAGUUCAUCAUUUGGCCUCAGACAUGUCAUGGCAACCAAGAUGGCAGCUGUGUAAAAAAAAAAUGGUUAAAUUUACACAAUAUGCGUCAUAAUAUUUCCCAUGGCCAUCAUGGGUCAUGGCAACCAAGAUGGUGUCAGUGUAAAAAAAAACACAUGCUUGCUAAAAUGGUUAAGCCAAUGACAGAGAGAAACGUUAAUAAGAAAAAAACAUUAAAAUUUAAUUAAUUUCAGCCAGCAUAUAAAUUUUGUGGCGAGCUAAGCUACUUUAUUGUAUCUCUCUAGGUAUGCGGCAAGAAGCUUAAAUGACAUGCCUUCAUCCCCUUUCCUCACGUAAUUUCACCUGGUACAUGCUCUUUUCCCUCAACUAAAACACAUGUGUGGCUAUAUUUACACACUGUGGUAAGAAAAAUGUACAAAAUGAAGAAAAACAAAACAAAGUUAUUUUACAAUAAUGAAAACCCAACUUAGACUAUCUUUUUCACAUGCAUUUUUUUGCCAUAGUGGAAAUUUUGUCUGGAUUAGUAUGCAACCUUUUUAUUUAUUCAGUGACCAGACAGUUACAGGGAUGGCAUUGUAGUGGAGCUGAAUCUUCAAGCAGAGUUCGCUUCUCUCCUUUCAAUAUUGUCAUUAUAUACUACCAUAUCUACCCUCCCUAUACUCUCCCCAAACCUAUCCCCACCCUUCUUUCUCAAACCCUAACCUCUUCCAUCAUCUGAUAGCCUUUUUUUCCUUCCCUUGCCCAUCACCUUUCUUUACUUUCUUUCCUCUUACCAUACUCUAACCCUGCGGUUCUCAACCUGUGGGUUGCGACCCCUUUAGGGGUUGCACGACCCUUUCCCAGGGGUCGCCUCAGACCAUCUGUAAACAGAAUAUGCUCUACAGUUAUGAAGUAGCAACGAAAAUAAAUAUAUGGCUGGGGGUCGCCACAAUAUGAGAAACUAUUUUAAAGGGUUGCAGCAUUAGGAAGGUUGAGAGCCACUUCUCUAACCUGUUCUCGUCCCCCUUCCUUAUCUCCUCGCCCUCCUCUAACACCUUUCUCUCAAGCUGCAACAGACCCAUUCCCAUCACCUUUUACUUUCUAUCUCACCUUCUAAUCCCUAACUCUCUCCCACUUUAGACCUCUAUGCUUCAUCACUUACCCCACAUAGAUUUGGAAAUAAGGCACCAUGUUGACCAGAUAGAAAAUAAAUGCUUCAAAUAAAUGUGCUAAGAACACUUUAAAAAUAUUGCACAAAGCUUACAAAUCUGAAAAUUAUUAAACUCUAGGUACAAAUCCUGGUUAGUUGUAACACUUGCCUUUUAUGGAAUUAAUUGUAGUUAAUAUAUUUAUAAAUUUGUCUAAACAAUUCUGCAUGUAAAGUAUUUUACAGUUAUUACUAGUUGUCAGAAGUAUCUCUGUUAACUAUUCUGCUCCAUAAGCUGGCCACAUACUGUGAUAAGCUGACUCAAUUAUGUGAUAAAUAAAAAUAUUAACAAAUAUAUUACAAGAUUAUUAAAAUGUUAAAUUUAAAAUAUUAAAAAAAAAAUAUUAUUUUUUAUUUGCAGAUGAAAAGGUUUAAGGUAUGGAUACUGAAAGAGAUUGAAUAUCUGAACAAGUUGCAAGUAUAAAUUAAAGCCUUAUAGAGUAAUACUGCGUUAAAUGUCAAAUCAUAAUGGCAAAAAUGGAAAGGGCGAGUGCUGAUUAUAGUUCAAUUGAUGACCUGUCCCUCCCUCGAGGAGCUUCAGCUGCAUUGUUUAGGAAUGAGCAUAGUUCUAUCCUAGAGCGGAGUAAUAGUGAUUCCAACCUGAAUAUGCUAAGCCCGCAAAGCUGGUCAAGUUUGUCUGUAGACAAAACUGCAUUUGUACUUAGAGGCCCUGGAAGAAGUCAUGAUGCUCGUGUUAGGGUUGAGUGGGACAUCAAGGAAGAUGUGGGUGCUCAGGACUGGAUAGGACUUUUUAACUCUGGUGAGGUUAAAUAUAAUCCCUUAAAAUAAAAACACUUGCAAAUUAAAAAUAUCCAUUAAUUCUUAUAAUAUUUAAUAUUAUAAUAAGUGCAUUACUAAAUAAAAAACUUGUUACAUUUUUCAAUAGGUUCUGAAUAGGUGACAUUCAAGCUUAAAAAAACUGCUUCUAUUCUCUCUUAAAGGUGAAACAAAUACCUCCAAGUUUUUAGAUUGUAAGACAAGAGGAUCAAGUGGAGGCGCACGAGGGACUAUAACAUGGGAUUUGGAUGCAAUAGAGCACUUAUUUUCUGAACGUACGUUGGGAAAUCAAAGUUUACAUUUUACUAGCAUAUCAUGUUUAAUUGCUAAUAUUUCUCUUAUUUUAAGUAUUAAAAAACAACUAAACUUCCAUGAAAUUCUUCAGAAUCUAUAUUUUAAAAAAUAGUUACAUUUAUAAAUUGCAUCUGUUUUACAGAUUUAUAGCAUUUUUAUCCUUAAUAUGUAAAAUAAAAUUAUUUUAUUACUAUAAUUAAAUUGUCUAUUCUUCCAAAACUAUUUUUAGAAGUAAAAAAUAGUCAUGGUUACAUGAUAAAAGGAGAAUGGUUUUGUUAAUAGGAAAUAAUUAUUAUUUAAAUGCUGAAUUUGGUUAAAAACAUUGUGAAAAGAUUAUGCUCCAUUUCCAUUGAUCAGUAAAAACAGUUGUGUGCUUUAAGUAUAUCAGUGGUACCACAGAAGACGUACUUGCAACAAGCCCAGUUAUCACAGUAUCACUGGUGGAUGGCAGUCUAAAGGUUGGUGAUAAAAUAAUAAUAAUAAUAAUAAUAAUAAUAAAGUUCAUUUCAAAAACACGCUUCAUCCCCAAAGGCUCGAAGCACGGUACAAAGUCAACAAAAAACAAAUCUAUAGUUUACCACAUUUAAAACAAACGCAACACGACAAAAACUAAGUACAAGCAUACAAUGGCAAAGUCUUUCUAGCCAUUUCAACCAUAAGCAACACAGCCAUUAUGCAUUAACUGGAAAAUAAUGUUGACAAUCAUCCCAGAAGGUGUUUGCGAAAUAGAUGUGUCUUUAAAUCGGUUUUAAAGGACUCCAGUGUCUGGUUGUUUCUGAGAUCGACAGGAAGGGCAUUCCAAAUUAGUGGACCAGCAAAUGCGAAAGUGCGCUUUCCGUAAGACUCAAGGCAAACACGUGGUGUCGAGAGUUUGCCACUAUCGGAUGAGCGGAGCUCUCUAGUGGGUACAUAAGGCGUCAGCAGCUCUUUCAGAUAAUGCUCAUAUAUUGCUUGCAUAUAAUUACAUAUUUGAGAUAGAAAAAAUCAUUUGUCUCUGUCUCUAAUAUUUAAGCAAUCCAGAUUAUUUACUCAUUAACAGAGUCAUCCAGGACAAUGCACUUUUUAUAAUCUAAUGUAGCUUACAUUGAGCUAUUAAGUAAGUUAAUGAUAAAUAUAUUAUCAUUUUAGUCACCAAAACAGUUGUUAUCUGCACGAGAUACUACGGUAGACCAAGGACAUUUCCGUUUAACAUUAGAAGGUAUGUCAAAUGAGAUUUAAAAAAAUAUAUUCAACUGAAUCUCUUUUUUUUAUUGGUGUUAAACUCUUAAAAGUUUUACAGAUCAGUUCACAAAAAUAUGCACUACUAUAUAGGGCUGAGCAGGAUGCAGUUUUUUUACACCCAGUCCGGUUGUUUUGAGACAAUGCCCGGCAGGUCAGGGUGUUAAAAAAAAGAGUUAUCUUCUCAUUUUGUUUAAUGGGAAUAGUGCAUGAAUAGAACUAAUAGCAAUUAUGUCAGGCAGUCCCAGAGGGAUCAUUACCCACAGGUUGAGUACCCAUAAAUAUAACAAAAAUCAAACAUGGAGCAGAGCCUCUCUAAAUGAGUUAUUGUUUCUAGUCUCUGGUUGGUGGCAGUUUUAAUUUUUCUGAUAACAAUUUACGCAUAUUAUUUGAUAAAUAUUUAUAUCAUGUCGAUGCCAUCCUAAUCUUCCUUCAGUUAAGCUAAUUGCAUCACUUAUAAAGGAGUGUUAAAUAACAUUGUUACCAUUGAAUUCUAUGAUGGAACAUAGAUACUGAUACGCAAACACAAAUUUUGGCAACUUUAGACUAUCAGCCAGUCAUUGUGUGCAAUGAAAUAUUAGUUUUAUAUAGAAAGUACAAAUGCAAAUAAUUUUUAAAAAUUCGCAACAUGUAAAUUAUUACUUCAAGAGCUUUGCUGUUUAAUUUGUUUAAAUUUUUAGUUUCACACCAGUCGUUAGUCAGUUUUCUAUUAUUAUUCAUUUAAUUCAGGUGAAAUGAACAAAGAAUUGUGUAAAAAAAGAUGUACUGGUUCUAUACAUGCACUUUUCAUUUCUCCCCUUUGAUUGGAACAAACUUUAGAAAAUGAGAGGAUAUUAUUUUUUUUUUUGUACCUGGGGCCGGUUCCAUUAUUUUGCAGGUAUAUGCAAGGUGUACAUAUGCUUUGCAUUUCAAGGUCAGUACUUGGCUCAGUCCUAGUGCUUGUGAACUGAUUUUUAAGAUAGGAGAGACAUUGCAUGCAUUUGAAGGAUAUAUUUGUGAGUGUUUAAAUAUUACAACAAUAAUUUUGUGGCAUAUAAAAUUUAUUUAAGUUGAAUUAUUGAAAUUAUGCUGCAAAGCAUUACUUUUUUUUUUAAUUUCAAAAUUACUUUUAGUUAGAAACUAUAUAAUUUAGUAUAUGACAAUUGCUUGAGACAGUUUUGUUUAUACAAUUUCUAUUCAUCUAUUCCUCAGAUGUGCAUGCUAACAACCUGAAAAAGGGCAUGUUCUUUAAUCCAGACCCUUAUUUAAAACUCCAAGUUUUGCCACACAAUCCAAGGGAUAGAGUAGAGGAGCAUCACUACCAGAAACAACGGUCAGCUGUUGUUCCUAACACAGCCAACCCUUCUUGGGAAGCACAGGUAAGGAAAUCAUUUUGAUAGAAAAUAUUUCUUUCAGUCUUUUCCUCUAUCCAUUUUUUAUGUAUUUUUAUUGAUUUUCCUGAGUUAAUAAAUUUUUGUGCAACGAAUGUCAUGAAAUAAGAGAAGCAAGUUGAAAAAAAGGGUUAGUUCAUAUAAUAAAUUUUCUUUUCAAAACAAACAAAAACUUAAAAGAAAUAAAAAUUAGGAUUUAGGUUUUGAAAAAAAGUAUGACAACGGCACAUCUAUUUUCAUCUUCAGUGGUAAUUUUUCCAAAUAUACUUAAAACAAUGAUGUGAAUCCUCAGAAAUUCUCCUUGAAAGUCUUCCUGUCAGAUCUUCUGGAAAUUGAAGUCAAACACAAAUUUAGUAAGAGCAGACCCACAAUGUCCAGAUUUCUGGGGCGUAUAACAAUCCCUUUACAGACUAUUAUGGAUCGAAUAAGUGCAGAGCAAAAGUGAGUAUGCAUUUGGCAAUAGUUAUAAUUGAACCAUAAAAUGUUGUGUAAAUUGAAUCUGUAUAUUUAGUAACUGAUCCCUGAUAAAGGUGAUCAUAAUAUAUGGGAUGCACUGUUUGUUCAUGUGCUGAAAUGAGGGAGAUGCUCCCAGAAUUUCUACCAGGUUCUUGCAGCAUCAAUAUAUUUUGAAGAAACAAGUACAUUUAAAAUCAAGUACAUUUAAAAUAAAAUACUUAUAUAUGAUCUGAGAAUAAAAUGUCAGUAAGGUGUUAUUAAUAAAUAGCUCCCUUUUGUGUGGAGUAACCUUUAUAAACCUUUAUUAUUUUCGCAGAUAACUUAGCCUGGUGCCAGUAAAUUAAUUAAUUUUGUUUUAGAAUUUGUAACUUCUCAUUUCCACAGGGCAGCUAGGUUUACUCUAGAACUCAUGAGGAAAAGUCCUUCUGAUAAUGUGAGUGGUUCGAUCGAAUUCAAGGCCAACCUACACCUAUUGUUGCGGAGUAAGUAUAAAUUAGUUUUAUUAAUAUAUCAUAAAGCUUUUUUUUAAUGCAGUGGCUUGCUAAGAAAGUGCUAUUUUGAAUUAAAGACCCAAAUAUUACAUCUUGUGUCAUGGUUUGUUUCAAAACCUAAUUUGGAUUGUAUUUAAGAUCAAAGAGGAGAUUAGCCAUAAGGAACAAGUAAAUUGACUUUCAAAUCUAAGAGAAAUUAGACUAUUCAUGUAUCAGAAGUUAAUAAUACAUCACUUUAUUUCUGUGUCAUUAUUCAAAGAGUUAUACUUAAGCAGCCAUUAGAGUAUUUUAUUUUUAUUCGGUCAACAUAUCUAAAAUAAAGGAGGGAUCUCUUAUCUAUUCAGAGCAAGUAAAUAGGAUUGAUUCUCAUCCCAAGUUAAGAUUCUACAGUGACGUAUGUGUGUUUGCCUGUAAUGCUCUGUUUAAUAGCGCAAUAAUACAGUGCCCAAAGAGUGAACUAAAAGGAGUGUAAUUUGUGUCCACUAGCCAUGCAAGAUACAAGUCCUAUUUCUAAAUGGGAUUCUUAAAAACAGUGAUAAUGGAAAUUGAAUCAAUUGAAACGUGGCAAAAUAUAUAUGCUUCUGCCUAUAUGUAAUAUAUAUAUUCUUUAAUAUGAAGUAAAUUUUUUUAUAAAUUAGAAAUAAAUUUAAUAUAGCACUCAUUGGGAUUUUUAUAAAUUGCAUUAAUUGAUUAAAUUUUUGUCAAGUAACUUAAGUAGAUGGGAAGUUCACACAUUGCCGCCACAAGAGACUUAUUUCUAGUAUAUAAAUAUUUAUUUCCUUUGAUGUAUUCCUCUGUUAGGUUUAGACACAGAUUCAAAUAAAGCCAAUGGUGUCCUUCACCGUCAGUCUUCUUUGCCCAGCCCUCUACAAAGAGUAGAUGAUCUUUCACUACAGUCAUCCCACAUUCGCCACAGGCAUACUGAUCCAGGCCUGGCAGCUAUGAACAGUCUUGAUGUUCCAUCACCAAGGUCUUGUAUUAAGGAAGAACCUAUCCCUAAUAGUUUGAUUUUAACUCAGACAGACAAUAGUAGUGCUACGAGUUCAUUGGAUGAAACUGAGCAGGGUGCAGUUGCGGACAUAGUAAAAAACCAGGAUAGUUUGCCAGACACUGAGAGUGGUUCACAGUUUCAUCUUAAAAGCCACUUAAACAGCUUAGACUCAGGGACAUCUCUGUCUGUGAUUUGUUCUAAUGAGACUUCAGGUGAGUCUGCUGAACAAGACAAUCAGUUAUGUACACCUUCAGGGGACACCUCUGAACCACAUGGUGGUCACCUGCCAGGGUCAUUUCAAAAUGUGCAAUCUGACAGUGGUCAAUCUAAAAGUAUUCCUCUUCUUUCCAAUGGAAUGGUAGCCAGUGGUGGUGUAGAUGUGGAGCCAAUAAGCGGUGCUGACUUGGACAUGACCGUGCAGUCAGCUGGCUCACCUGGUCUCAAUUUUCUCAAGUCAGAUGCUCCCCUAUUGCCACCCAGAACAUACAGAGUGGUGGCUCCACCCUUGCCUCCAAGGAUUCAGAAAACAUCAGCCCCUCCUCUGCCCCCCCGGCCCCUGGCCGUUAGACCGGUUAAAAAGGUACCACCUGCCAGCUCACCCCAUGGCACAGAUCAUGUGAGGAAAAUCCAUGAUGCACCUCCACCACUCCCUCCUCGGACUUACAGUCCCAAUGAGUGUCGAGAGGGAGAAGCAGGAGAUGUGUUUGACACUAUACAUAUUGUUGAUUCAAGAUCACUGAGAGAGCAGGAGUUGUUUCCAUGGGGGCCACCAUCACCGCCAAUUUCCCAGAGCUCUACGUUAGCUGCUUCCUCUAGAUCUCCAGCCGCUCACCCAUCCCCUAAUUUAGUUCCUGGAACCUCACAGCAUCAUUCUGCGUCAACGACUCGGCCUAACCCACUGAUUUCUAGGACGGAUCAAUCAGCCACAUCUGCUCACCUCGCAUUUGUGCCAUUGGCAGACAAAACAGUAAUUCCAGCCUCAGCUGGUCAUAAUGGGGGGUCUGCACGGCCAGGUAUUGAUGAUCUUGCGGGUUCUCGAGGCAGCAUAGCUCUAUCAACAGUCAGUGAGCCCCCUGCUAUUGGAUCUUUACAGUCAUCUGUUGCCAGUCAGAAACGGAGAAGUGUAGAUGGACUCUCUCAAAUCAAAGCUCUAGUUCCGCCACGAUUGCAGCCACGGCAGCGGCAACUGUCUUCAGAAGAGCGUCAGCAAAAUAGACAACAAAUUAAUCAACAACUGGAACAAUGGACACGGAAGUGCAAGAAAACCUCCAAUACGCCAAAACCCAGCAGCCCAGAUGAACAGUCAUCUCCCCCAUCUUUCAACGAAUGUCAAGAAGCCAGUGCCCGUGAACGUCUGUCUCCUCCCUUACCACAACCCAGGUCAUCACCCCCAGCAGGGGCAUCCAGCCAUAGGCAAGCCGACAAUGUUGACAGUCAUACCGCUAUUGGUCCUAGCAGUGGUAGCAGCAGUCAAGUGCCAACAACUUCCCUUACUCCAGCUGCUCGAGACAGAUCACAUGAUGGAGGAAUACAGGGUAAGUUAAGAAGUUUUUCUCAUUUGCCGUGUAAGCUGACAUACAUUUUAUUGCUACAGCAUGGUGCCAAAAUAGUGGCCAAUUUUUAGAAUCUCACAAAAAAGUUAUUUUGAGUAUAAAGAGUCUCUGUUUGAAAAUGGUUAGCAUCAUUUUUAAGGUAAAUCAUACUCAUAGGGCACUGAUCAGUUUGAAGAUUUCGAGAUCCAUGAUCAGGUGGUUGUAGUCGCUGUCGCAGUUAUCAUUAUGAAUAGGUGAACCACAAAUGGGAGACAAGUAAUUAACUUAAUUAUUCUUGUCCAUAAUAUACAUAUUGUUGGGACUUUUGAGGACUGGCCAAUCAGAGUGUUGGAUUAAAAAAGAGGAAAACAAAUAGUGGUGGAGAGUGAAUAGAAACCAUUGACUUAUAUGAGGAUUUGUUAAUAACAUUCUCAAGUAAAAGAUUAUAAUAUGAAGUGUAAUAUAAAGUAUAAUAGGAAUUGAAAUGUGUGUGAUGAGAUUCAAAGUAUCUUCAUAUUUCUGUGAAACAUAUUUAUUAUUGUGGAUGUUGUGAAAUUAGUCGCAGUUUGAACCGCAUUGUCUCGAAUAUUCUUUAUACCUAAAUAUAACGGUGACCGCCGACUGCAGAAGUAUCCCCUUGAGUUAUAUUCUUUCAAGAACAGACAUUAAUUUAGGUAAAAAAGACCAAGUGGAAUACAAGGAAAUGCUAAUUUACUUUUUCUUAUCCAUCUUAAAAUUCAUCUACCAACUUUGAAAAUUUGACUGUAAGGGGAUGUGAUCCCAAUUGACCAACUCAACAUUAAGAUCACAGCUAACUGUAAAUAUAAUAACAAAUCAUGAUAAUAAUUGGCUCUGCAGCUUGAGAAUAAUGGAAUAUUGGAUUACCAAUAGUGGUAAUAUAAACUCUACAUAAAACUGCAUGGUUACUCAACAGAAUAGUUUUUAAUUGAUUUCAUCAAGAUGAACCAACCAUAUGCUUAAUGUACCUUUAUGACUGAUACAUUUGCAGUCUAUGACAGGGAAACAUUUUAAAUAUUUUUAUUGUGUACCAUUAUCCCUUCAUUAAAUCAUUUUUAUUAAACUCAUGGACAUUGUUGUUGAUUUUAAGAUUUUUUUUUUUUAAAGUUUGUUUGCGAUAACUCUGUAAAAAGCUUUUUUUUUUUUGGAUAUUGAUAGUCAUAUGUUACUCAUAAUUGUUUUGGGAAUAUUUUGCACCUUAAAAAAAUUUACAGGUCAAAAUUUAAUUUUAAACUUUUUUCUUUUUUUAAUUAAUAAUAAUAAAGUUUAUUUGAAAAUCACCCUUCAUCCCCAAAGGCUCGAAGCGCGGUACAAAGUAUAAAAUAUAAAAAAAUAAAAAAUAUAAGCUAAUUAUGCCUCUAGAUAAAAAUCUCCUAAAUAAUUUUAUGUUUGUGCAGUGCAGGAUUAUAAGACCCCUUUAAAAGCCAUUUUUGUAAAUUUUAAAAACAGUCAUUGAGUUAUUUAGAACAUAAUUUUUUAAAUCUUAUUUGAACUUUCUGCAUAUUUUUACAUUUAUACAACUUGGUGGCAUACAUAAUAGUUGUUGGACUUCGCACACGUUGAUCAUAUUUGUUAAAACAUCCAAUAAUCUAUAUGUUUAAAGUUUAUUUAUAAUGUAAUGUACAACCUUUAUAUAGCAGUGUUUGAUAAUGAUGUGAUGAUUUUGCUUUUACUUUUUUGAAGUUUGUAAUCAUCUUUAUCAUGCAACCAUAAUAUCUUGAUUGUUGCAUUUAAGCAAUUAAACAUUUAUUUUCUCUUUUAAUUUCUUAAAAAGUUGUUCUGAUGCAAGUGUAAAAUGAAAGGGAGAACUGCUCUCCCACAUAAAUAACUAUUACUUACUGUUACAUUUUUGUAUGCAGGUGCUGAUGGCGGUGAGCCUCCACGAAAGAGACCCAUAAAAUAUCAUAGAGUAGAUGAUAGAGAUGAUGCUCUUCCCUCAGGUUUGUAGAAUCAAUGACAUUUUAUUGUCUAAUAUAAUAAUAACAACACUUAUAUGAUUUUAAAAUGCUUAAAUUUUCUAAUGAUCAAUAAUGCCACAUUUCGGCAAUCACUUUUGAUCAGGCUGGGAGGCAAGAGUGGAUAGUCAUGGUCGCAUUUUCUACAUUGACCACGUAAACAGAACAACUACAUGGCAACGUCCACAGACUGGCCAACAAUCUGUACAACGUCGACCAACACUCAGCUCUGAGCAGCGACAACAACUUGACCGCAGGUGAUUUACAUAUUUGUGGUGCUGUGUUUGAGUCACCAAUUCUAAUUUUUCAAAUACAAAAAAAUGUUAUCCAUUAAUAUUAUUUGAGAUCUCCAGCAAAAACUUUCUUCUUCUCAUAAUGCUACCCUUUUAUGCAUGUUGUGUUGUGCGUGAUUUCAUCAAGUAGUUUUUUUUAAUAAAUUCAUUAUGUAAUUUAAACAAAUUUAAUAUAUUAUGGAAUCCAAAGAUAGAAAAUAUUCUUCAAAGUCUUGCACCUCUUUAUGGUAGAGCUCAACAAAGCUGAUCUAUCUCAAAUAUAUUUUAAUAAAGAAAAGCACUGAACCUUAAAACGUCAACCCUAUUUUACACAUUUGUUUUGCUGGCUAAUUAGUUUUUGUUGGUUAAAAUACAGAUAUCAAAGUAUUAGACGCACCAUCACACAACAAAAUCACCAAGCUGAUACAGAAAGUGUGUCCUCAGGAGAUUCAAAUCACUUGGCCAGUGGUGAGUUGAAUUUAAUUCAUUUUUACAUUUAAAACGCUUUCCUCUAAAGAAGAAACAGAAAGUUGAAAUGAAUUAAAAUCAAAUGACUUUGAAUGGAUAAAAUAUAAUUUCAAUUUUGGAAAUAUCCUUAUAAGAAAGUUUAUGUUUUAUGAGUUGGUGAAGUAUGAGCAAUGAGGAAGAAAUAGCCCUGGCUAUCAAGCAGCUCAAAAUAGGGAAAGCAUCAGGACAGGAUAACAUCACAACAAAUAUGAUGAGAGCGGGUGUAAAUACAAUAGUCAACAUUCUGCAACCUCUGUUAGAAAACAUAUGGGAGUACCAGGAAAACUAGUCAGGGUCAUUCAGUUCUUAUGAAAAAAAUGACAUGCAGUUUGGUAAACCAAGGAAGACUCACAGAUUGGAAACAGGAGUCUCAAGGAUGUCUCUUGUCUUCUUCCUAUUUAUCCUUGCCAUUCAAUGGAUAAUGAAAAAAUCCACAGACAAAACGGGAUACAGUGGACACCCUGGGUACAACUGAAUGACUUAGAAUUUGCAGAUAACAUUGCACUUCUGUCCCACAAACACCAACAAAUGCACAAAAAGACUAAAGACAUAGUCCCCAUUUCAGCACAUCUUAUACUCAAUAUAAAUAUAAGCAAAGUAAAGAUCGUGAAGGUAAACUCAGCCAACUAAGAGCACAUCUCUCUGGCAGGACAUGCACUGGAAGUAGUGGAGGCCUUCAGUUACUUAGGCAGCACCAUUGACAUAAAUGGUGGAUCUGAAGCGGAUGUCAGGGUUAGAAUUGGAAAGACUAGAUCAGCAUUUGUGCUAUUGAAGAAAAUAUGGGAGUCAAAGGAGCUGACUCUGCAAAACAAAGUCAGAAAUCUUUAACACAGAUGUCAUCCCAGUCCUACUCUAUGGAGUCGAAAUUUGGAGAACAACAGCAAGCAUUAUGCAGAAAGUGCAGACCUUCAUAAAUACUUGCCCUAGAAAGAUCUUGAGCAUCAAAUGGCCAAACACCAUCACCAACAAAGACUUACUGGAAAUGACAUACGAUUGCUGAAGACAUCACAAGGAAAAGAUGGAGGUGGAUUCGGCACACUCUCAGAAAACCGCUAGAUAACAUCACCAGACAUUCCCUAACAUGGAGUCCACAUGUAAAAAGAAAGAGAGGAAAGCCUAUGAAUACAUGUAGAAGUGAGCUAGAGACAGACACUCAAAGUAUGGGAUACACCUGGCAGCAACUGGAAAGAAUGCAAGGACCGAGAUGAAUGGAAAAUUCUUGUAGAUGACCUAUGCCCCAGACGGGGUAAAGGCAUUAAUAAGUAAGAAGAACUAGCAACUUCCUAAAUCAUUGCAAGUUUCUUUUACCACUUCAUUUUCACAAAUAGUUAACUCUUAAAAUGCAUUAACUCACACCUUACUGAAGGUUUUAAUAGAAUCUGUUUUACUUAACAUUUAAAAAAAAAAGCAAUUCAAAUAUGAAUAGUUGGCAUUGCGUAAGAGUAAAUCAUAAGUUAUGAUGAAACUUUACUAACAUUUUGUACAAUUUAAUAUUAUUUCAUCAUAGGAGCCACUAAUGUGCCAGAUAACAGUCCUAGUUUAGCUAGUCCUUCUGAACCUGCCACGGACAGAUCUGAAAGAAGUGUUUACAAGUUUCCUGCUGUUAAGUUUCUCACAAGACCAGAUUUUUUCCCCAUGCUCCAAGUUAAUGAGGUACAUUUUAAUAAAUGCAUAUUUUAGUAGACUUUUGACUGAUGUGAAAUUUGAAGUUUAAAUAUUUCUAAAAAAUAUUUGGGGCAAUGUAUUAUUGUUCAAUAAUUUCUUCAUAGAUACCCAUUUUGUCAGACAUUUUCAGUCUUUUUUUUUUUGCGUGUUUUUUUUGUUGGUUUUUUUUUUUAUGUCUUUUUUUUUUUUUUUUUUUUAAAAAAAAAAAAAAAAAAAAAAAAACCUUUUUUUUUUUUUUCGUGUUUUUUUUUGCGUGUUUUUUUUUGCUGAGAACUAUUUAAAAUAAAUAAAAAUUAUAUAUUUUAGAAUGCAAUGGUUGAAUACAAUCGAACCAGUAAAUUGAAACACAUGAUCACAAAAAUCCGAAGAGAUCCACAGACAUUUGAAAGGUGAGGAAAAUAUUUUACAAAGCAUCACGAAUGUGAAGAGCAAUGUCUGGUGUAAUUUAAACGAAAUUAAAAAUUCUUCCUUAUACUUACAUGUUAUUCUAAUUUUUUUUUCAAGUCAAGUUGUUUCUUAACAUUGUUUCAUACUAUCGAUAAGAAGUCUUUAAAUUAGGUUAAAUAUGCCUGUACUGUGCUUUGAAUUUAGUGCUGUUUUAUUUCUAGGUACCAGCACAACAGAGAUUUGGUUGCCUUUGUAAACUUGUUCUGUGAUACAUCCAAAGAGUUGCCGAGGAGAUGGGAGAUGAAAUAUGAUAAAACUGGAAAGGUCAGUUUAAACACUUUCAUUUUGUGUAAGUUCCUCUGGUUAUCACUGUAAUGUUUGGAGACUUCUGUUCAAUAACUCUAAAUACUAUUCAGCACCUUAGUACAACUUGUCUAGCUAGCACUAGCAAGGAAAAUUGUUUUGAAUCUUUUUUUCUUUUUACUAAAGUACAAAUUAUAUUUGAUAACUGGUACAGUAAAAUUCACGAAUAGCACAUUCUUUAAAUCCUCCCUCCACCUUUUUUAUUUCAUCAUUAGAGACAAAACUUAUUUCUUAAAUUAUCUUAGCUAAGGAAAUGUAUUAUUUAAACUUCAAUAAAGCAUAUAUACUUCUCAGGCUUUCUUCAUUGAUCAUGUUCUGCGUACAACUACUUUCAUGGACCCUCGCCUUCCUACUGAUGUCCCCCUGAUUGAUCCUCAUUUUCUUCAGACACCUCCCCCUAGGGUAGGUUGUGUUAUUUAGUUUUCACAAUUAAGCUGUAAUCAUUCUGAAUGAUAAUAAAAUCUACAACAGGCUUUUGUUUUCAUUGUAAAUUAUUUCCAAUGAAUAAUAUCAUAUAAUGCCAUCUAAAACUGAAUCUUAUUUCUCUACUUUCAGCCACCUCCACCACCCCCUGCAAUACCCACUGGUAAUUAUGAAGAUAAUUUAAAUGAAUUAGCUAUCAUCCCAUAAAGACACAAUCUUAAAUGGAGAAGUUGAGUUACUAUUCCCUUACAAAAUACCUGAGCUUGCAUCAUGUGGUUUGCUUGAGUGCAACCAACUUUAAAACAAUAAGAGACAGAUCUUCAGGAAAAAUUUAUUGAAUGCAUAACACCAUGACAAUUUUUUUUUUUUUACACUCCAAAGAUAUAAGGACUAACAACAAUAAUAUUCCCCCAGCCUACAAUGAAAAGGUUGUACUCUUUCUGCGUCAGCCGAAUGUUGAUGAGAUAUUGCGUGAAAGGUGUCCACAAUAUGCCUCCAGUUCCAGUCUGCGUGAGAAGGUCAACAAGGUGGCAGCCAGAGGUGUUGAGAUGCUGGAACGAUUCUCUAAUGACAUAGAUCUGACACUUUUAUUAAGGUAUGUCACAUAAUCUUGACAUGUAAACAUGGUCCUGACAUCUGAAGUAUUUCUUUUCAACCUAGCUAUUUCAGUUAAGAACUUGACUGUGUCAUCUUUAUUGAUGUCCAGAAAUGUCCAAAAUAAUAUCUAGAAAUUAUAGCUGACACUCAAGAUAUGUGACUUGCUUUUAAAAAUGUGUCUCACCUAAAUUGAAUGGACCUCUUACAGUUAUGUGCUAUCACCUAUACUGUGUCAAAACUAUAAAUUUAAAUUGAUCAAAUAUGAGUCAGAAAUUAUUUCCCAAAUUUUAACACAGUUUUGUAUUAUUUUUAUUUAAAAGUAUAUGAUAGAAAAGGGGAUGUAGAGCAUCUUAAGAUUUCUUCCUGAUAAUGAGGAUUUUUUUUUCUCCAAACCAGCUUGUUUGAAAAUGAGAUUAUGUCUUAUGUGCCGAUAGCCAACAGGAUAGAAGCAGCCAAUCCUAUGUCGCCACAAGGCUCACCAGGUAGGGUUGAAUGUAAGUCUUGAUGCCUGUGAACAUUUUCAGCCCGUUUGUGAAUAUUUAUUUAUCUUUAAUGGCCCUUCAAGAAUUUAAUCAUUUAUUUAAAUGAACCAUCUAAUUUCAAGCUGCAACUGUAAGCAGUAUUAUAUAUCAGAGCCAUUAUGUAGAUAUUACAUGUUUUUCAGCAGCUUACGGCAUUGAGAGAAUGUUGUUAAAAUUAGUUCAACUUUUUGAUUAUUGAAUUGAUGAUGAGAGUCAUCUGUUCAAGAGGGAGAUUUUUACUUAAUUUAGCUGGCAUAUCAUUUUAUUUCAUGGAGAUUAUCUACAGUUAAAUGAAUGUGAUUUAAACUAGUUAUUUGCAUAAGGUGCACGUUUAUUUAAUUAUAAAGGUAAAUUAUGUGAAACCCUUGUUUAGUUUAGACAUUAAUAUUUUUUCCUCCAGUUCCUCGCAUUCCAGGCAGGGUUCCAGCUCCAUACAAGAGAGACUUCCAGGCCAAAUUAAGGAGUUUCUACCGUAAAAUAGAGUCUAAAGGUUAUGGUCAGGGUCCAGGAAAAUUAAAGUAAGUUGAAUUUUUUUCCUGAAAGAUUAAACGCCCUAAAUUAAAGGUUAUUUGGCAUCGUAUUACUAUAUCAUAGUGAAAAAAGAUGAAUGAUGCCCAAGAAAAUAUAAUAUAUUAUUGCUGAAUAUUUAAAGCAGACCGGGAAGGUUUUACAGCACAUAAUAAUAGUGCAAUCUCACAAUUUUAUUAACUUUUUAAUAAUUUUCUCGACAGAUUGACUGUAAGGAGGGACCAUGUUUUGGAGGAUGCAUUUAAUAAAAUAAUGUCAACGCCAAAGAAAGAGCUCCAGAAAAACAAGCUGUACAUAACAUUUGCUGGAGAAGAAGGGUACGUGUAACCUCAUAUGUUAUACAUUUUUAUGUUUCUAUUUAGUAAAAUGAUAGACCCAGGGCUCUUACCAGGCCCUUUAUUAGUGUGGAUCCCAAUAGAGUAAAGAUAUUACACUCUAUGACAAAAAUGACAGGGGAGCUCACAAAAACAGAAGAGAUCUUAAAUUACAAAUGUUGUGUCCUCAAAUUUACUCUUUACAACAGGGGCAAUGAGACUUUAUUUGCCACUACAUCUUUGGAACCAUGUUGAUUUAUUUAUAAAUGGUUGUUAUAGCUAAUGAUUGCAAUAAAAUCUGUUGAGCUUCAAAAUGCAUUUAUUUAUUUUUACAGCACUGAAAAUGUUGCUCAUUUUCAUAUACAGAGAUACAGUUGUAUUUUAUUUUGUUUCAGCCUUGAUUAUGGGGGACCUUCUCGUGAAUUUUUCUUUCUGCUUUCUCGUGAACUGUUCAACCCCUAUUAUGGCCUGUUUGAGUACUCAGCCAAUGACACCUAUACUGUUCAAGUCAGCCCCUUGUCAACUUUUGUAGAAAAUGCUCAUGAGUGGUAAUUAUCUUAAAUCUAGUUAAACUUUUAAUAAAAUUAUUGGAAAAAAAAAACGUUGAAAAAUUAAUAGUGUAAACCAGGUAAAUUAAAUUUAUAUUGAUUUUUUAAAUUUGAUGUUAGAUUUCUUGGUACUUUUUAUAAUUAAAAGCUUUAAGUUAUGUUUAAAAAAAAUUUUUGUUAUGCAACCCUUUCCUCAAAAGUCAUUGUGCAAAGCUGUGAAGAAAUAUUUUGCAAUAAAAUGAUGAUAUUGCUUUCUUGAUUGUUUAGUUUAUUUUGUAUUUUGAGUUUCCAUCUAAAAAAAGAAUUGUCUGUCUGUUUCAGGUUUCGUUUUUCUGGUCGUGUUCUUGGACUCGCACUUGUUCACCAGUAUCUCCUUGAUGCCUUCUUCACUCGGCCAUUUUAUAAAGCUCUGCUCAGAGUGUAUGCAUAAAAAAUUAUUUUUAAUCAAUCCCAUGCUUUCAUUUUAUCUAUUUUAAAAAUUAAAACAUGUUUUAAUUUCUUAUGUUAUAAUAUUUUCAUACAUAAAAGUAACAUUAUUUGUCUAUUCUAAAGGUAUAUUUAAUUUUAACUUGAAAUUAAUCAACGGUAAGUAAUUUGUUCAUGACUCUUUUUUAAAUUAAGUUCAAUUAGAAUUAUAAUUUUAAUACCAGCAGCCCACUUUCACUUGAAGAUGUCGAGUCCCUUGACAUGGAAUUUCACCAAAGCUUGUUGUGGAUCAAAGACAAUGACAUCAGUGAAGUGGAACUGGAUCUCACAUUUUCUGUCAGUGAAGAAGUUUUUGGCCAGGUAUUACAGGGCAGAAGUUGUACUGUUGUCACUUGUGUUAACCAUUAUAAAUUAUCUGUUUAAACUUGAAUUUGAUCUCAGGUGUAAAAUUAAUUUCUGGAGAUAAAUUAUUUUCAAGCAUUUAAGAAAUUUUAAACCUUGUUUUCAUAACUAAUUAGCCAAAAAUUCACUGUUUACACUAAAGUAGUUAUUUUAGUAUGAAAACUAAUCAUCCAUACAAUAUCCAAAUUUAGCUAAACACAUUCUGCAUUUCACCGUUUUCUCAGACUAAAUGGACUCUGUCGGUAAAAUUGUAACAAAAAAUGUAUACUUUUAUCACAAAAUAUCACAAAUUCUAAACACCCCCUCUCACCACACCCCUCUCUGUGUGAUGUCAUUUAUGCAUGGCCGAUAGUAAAACUUUAAGUAUGACCUUGUGACAAACUUUUAAAAAUUCAUAUCAAGUGUUACGCCAAGUUUACUGCAUUUUUAAAGAUUUUUGUGGUUAAAUUUUAAUGCAUCAAGGAAAUUAACUUAAAUGUUAAUUGGAAAUUAUUGCAUUAACUUAAUUUUUUUUACUUAAACCACAUCUACAGGUGACUGAAAGGGAGCUGAAGCCGAAUGGUAAAAAUAUCAUUGUGACAGAGAGAAAUAAGAAAGAAUACAUUGAAAAAAUGGUUAAAUGGAGGCUUGAGAGAGGAGUGACAGAACAGACUGAGAGUUUAAUUAGAGGCUUUCACGAGGUAAGUUAGGCCUUUUAGAGCUUCUUUCAUGUUGUACUGAAUUUGAAUAUUAAAAAUAUCUACUAACUGAUGUUGCCGAAUUUUCCUGGUCAUGAUUUCUUGUUAGUGAUUAGAUUUAAUUGAAAUUAGGCCCUUGACAACUCACAAUACAUUUUCUCCAAGGACCCUUUCUAUUUAAUUGCUUUAAACUUUUUGUUACAGGUGCUGGAUGCCCGUCUUGUCUCAGUUUUUGAUGCUCGUGAGCUGGAGCUGGUGAUUGCUGGCACUGUUGAGAUAGACAUUGGUGACUGGCGAAGGAAUACAGAUUACAGAUCAGGUCAUUAUUAAACCGGAAACAACAAAUAAUUAAAAAGUAUUCUAAAGUGUGUGAUAAAUUUUGCUGGCGUAUUCCAAAUCUUGAUUUAACGUCUGUGAGAGGCUGUGAACGCAUCUGGGCCAGGCAGUUUUAAAAAAUAAUUUAAAUUAAAUCAAAUAAUUCUAUCCUGAGGAAAUAAAAUAUGUUGUUUUGUCUCCCAGGUUACCAUGACCAACAUCCUGUGAUCCAGUGGUUCUGGGAAGCCAUUGAGAAAUUUGACAACGAACGCCAGCUCAGACUGUUACAGGUAUUUCAUUUCCUUUUGUUUUAUGCUUGGCACACUUGAGGUAGCCAUCUUUUAAAAGAGAAUAAAACCUGUUUGUUUAAACGUCUUUAGAUGGCACUAUUUAAUAGUUAUUAGUUUACAUGAGCACAUCAUAGUUGUUUCAGUACCCACAUUAAGGGUUAAAUGGAGAUGUUUAUGUUUAGUGACAUUGUUUGAUUGUAGCGGGGAAAAUAAGCCAAAAUAGGGAGGGGGGUUGUGUUAACAAAAGUGUAACAGAAAAGAAUGUCUCAUGAUUUUUUUUUUAAAUAUAAAAAAUGUACCCUUUUUUUUUUUAAUUGAAAUCUUUGCAAAAUAGUCAAGAUAACAAAAUUUAACUUAUCUCAAAUCUUGUUUCCAGUUUGUAACUGGCUCAUCCAGUAUUCCAUACGAAGGUUUUUCUGCUUUGAGAGGCAGUAAUGGGCCUCGGAAGUUUUGCAUUGAGAAAUGGGGAAAAGUCACAAGUCUUCCAAGGUAAGCUUUUUUAAAAAAAGGAUAGAUAAAUUUUUAAUGCAUUCUCUAUAGACCAGCUUCCAAAUAUUAUCCAAAGGAUAAAAUUAAAUUUGAUGUGAUUAGAUGCUCCUUAAAUUCUUGGCUGUUCAGUGUUACCAUAUUGUACAGACUAUAAAGCGCAACUUAUUUUUAAGCAAUUCAAAAAAUUUUUUUUUUACCAUUUUUAUAUUAAUUUCGAAUAUAAGACGUACCUGAAUUUUGGUGGCUCUUUUUCGAAGAAAAAAGUGCGUCUUAUAGUCUGUAAAAUAGGGUAAUACAAAUAGUCAGAUUUUUCCAUCACUAGAAGCAGAACUGGAAGUUAACAACCGAAAAACAAAAUACAUGACUACAAUAAGAGAAGAACAGACAGAUGAAGCCAUUAAAAUUAGAAACAGCAAUUUUGAAAAAGUAAAUAAAUUCAAAUACUUGGGAUCUUUAUUAAAUAAAAGAAAUGAUAUUAUUAACAGAAAUAAAAUGAAGAAUAUCAUCCGGAAACAGGGCAUACUUCAGUAGUCAGAAAAUACUCAAAAGUAAAAACAUUACAAGAGAAACAAAGAAAACUAUUUAUAAAACUGUAACCAGACCAGUUGUAACAUAGGCAAGUGAAACUUGGACCCUAACAAAAGCAGCAGAAAACCUAUUAAACAUAUGGGGAAGAAAAGUCUCCAGAAAAUAUACAGAUCGAUAAAGGAUGAGUAUGGGUGGAGCAUCCGAACCAACCAGGAAUUGUAUGGUCUUUAUCAGGUUCCCACACUAGUAGCAGAAAUAAAAAAGGGCAGGCUACGCUGGGCUAGACAUUUAGAAAGAAUGAAAAAUGACAGAGGAGUGAAGAGGGUGCACCACCUAAACCCCAGAGGAAAAUGGUUCAAAGACAGAUCUAGGCUUAGAUAGAUGGAUGAUUUAGAGAGGGACCUACAGCAGCUGGGAAUCCAAGCAUGAAAAAGAAAAGCAUCAGUGAGGACUGAGGGAAAGAUAUGGUGUGGCAGGCCAAAUCCCUAUUUGGGCUGUAGCACCUCAGUGAUGGAUAAACAGUCAAAACGUUACUUUUUUGGACUUGAUGUUGGUCAUUACAGACAAUUCAGCUUCACUUCUAAAGUAUCCUUCCAAAAACAUUGUCAAAAUUCAUCAGAAGAAACAUACAUCAUCCAUAAUUUAUUUGGCCACGCAUUAUGUUUGUUUAAAAAAAAGAUACUUUCAAGAAUUGUUCUACUGUCUCCCAUAAUUUAUCCCUGACUUCAAACAAACAAAGCUUGUAUUUUGCUUUCUACUCAAUGAAUAUCUCAUGCUCGAACCUCUGAAUACCAGAUACUUCCCCCAACUUCACAACAGUACAGGAUGGAGACACACUCUCGCAUUGCUCAUCUCACUUGGUCCCAUUGGUGGGGGCAUGGACAUUUGACAGUGACCAAAUAGCUACACAUCAAGUUAAAUUUGGUUUCCCUAUUCAUAUUUCUCAAUUCAGCCAGUGAUUAUAUCUGAUACCCCAUGACAAGCAACAGAAAGAAAGGGAAGACAGUAUCCAAUGUUAUGUCAUCCAGGUUCCCAAAUGGUUGCUCUGUUGAUGUACUUAAUAUAAAUUACUGCUACCUGUCAAGUCAUACCAUUCCUUAGCUUUUGUGGCCUCCUCAUUUUCCAUGUUACAACUUCUCCUGUGCUCUCAUGCAAUGUCCCAACAAUACUAAAUUAAUGAACGUGGUCUGAAAAUAUUUUCAUCUAAAAUGUUUUAUUUUCUAUACACAUUUAAAAUCAGCUAGCGGGCCGUGGGUUGGACAGCUCUGCUCUAUGGGGUUUGUCUGUAAAGGACAGCUGCAAAACAUAUCCAUCUUUUCCACUACCCUUCCUCUUUGUCUAUACUUCUUGUCAGCAUCCCCCCCCCCCCCCCCCCCCCCCCCCCCNUUUUAUUUUCUAUACACAUUUAAAAUCAGCUAGCGGGCCGUGGGUUGGACAGCUCUGCUCUAUGGGGUUUUUCUGUAAAGGACAGCUGCAAAACAUAUCCCUCUUUUCCCCCCCCCCUCCUCUUUGUCUAUACUUCUUGUCAGCAUCCCCCCCCCCCCGCCCCAAAUGGGUUGGGGACGUCAGCAUAUAGCAUUAUACAGUAUGAAAUGUAAGGAAGUAGUAGAAUAGUAAUACCGAAUAUAAAGAGUGAAAGGUUUCUAGAAUUAAACAUCUUAAUAAAUAAUUCUGAGAAUUUUAAGAAGCUCAAACUCUGCAUAUUUACAUUUGUUGAUAACUAGCAACCAAAUUUAUAGUGUGAUAUCUUUCUUUCAUGAAGUUUUUGCUAACUUCUUUUUGAAUUUAGAUUAAAAUAAUGUUCAAAUAGAUCAGCGAUGAAGGGCAUCCUCCGCCCCACUUGUCUGCAAUCGUCAGAUUUUAAAUGACACGACCCCCCACCUCCUCUUCCUUUUUUUUUUUUUUUGGUUUGCUUUGUUGUUGUAUUUUUCCAAAUGUCCUUUUUGAACUACCCCUAAAAUGUUAUUUUUUUAAAGGGCAUCCUCCGCCCCACUUGUCUGCAAUCGUCAGAUUUUAAAUGACACGACCCCCCACCUCCUCUUCCUUUUUUUUUUUUUUUGGUUUGCUUUGUUGUUGUAUUGUUCCAAAUGUCCUUUAUGAACUACCCCUAACAUGUUAUUUUUUUUCAUUUCAGUCUGAAUAUCAACUAUCUUGUAAUUAAUUUGUUUCAUAUUUAUUUUGGACUUACAAAAACCAUUCAUUUUAAUAACUUAAAACCCCUUUCUUAACAUCAAUGGAGAUAGACAACUUAAGUGGAAGGGGUUUUAUGUACCUGAAAUUAAAAAAAUAAAUAUCAUUCCAACAUCAAAACUUUACCUUUUAGAUUGCCUCUGGAGCUGAUAUGGAUUUUCUCUGCAAUCAUUGAUUACCUUAGUUUGAGAUCCAUUGUAAUGACCAAAUAUUAUAAGUAAAGCAAUGUCUAAAAGUCCCCCGAUAUAUUUUUUUUCUCAGGGCUCACACCUGCUUUAACAGACUUGAUCUGCCACCCUACACAUCUUCUGAGAUGCUGUUUGAGAAGCUGGUCAUGGCAGUAGAAGAAACCAGUACAUUUGGCAUUGAUUAGUUAAAUCUAGAUCCUGCAAAGGGAAUUAGUUUUAGAUCACACAAUAUGUUUUUGGGCAUGAAAAACUUUUGUCUGCUCAAUAUGAAAUCGAGGCAUCAUCAGUGUUGUUGAAAUCUUUCGUGAACCUAUAUAUUACAGUCAUAAUUUAAAAAACAUCCACUAUUUGUUUGAAGCAUGUAAUUAUGAGAUUAAAGAAGAACAUGAAUAACCCUGUUGUUGACCCUGGCACAAGAGAUAAAGAGUCAGGAGAUACUUGCCUUGGAU